UGCGUGCGUGUGGCUUAACCUAAAAAUCGUCGCGGAACAAUAGACUGGCGACAAAGACGCUCGGGUGUGCAGAGAAAACAAAAACCGACCGGACCACGGCGUCUCUGCGAUAUGGACGAAUAAAGCUGGUUCCGCGGAAGUCUAGAAAACCCCAAAAUACCUAACCGGAGAAGGGUCACGCCGCACAUCGGCCGCCACGGCGAAGAUGUUCACGUGUACGUGGAGGAGAGCCCUCUGGAACCGCCGCCGUCCCGUGUUGACGGAUAGGAGUGGCCCGCGGGAAGACCAGCUUCAGAAAUAGACUCAGUUCCACCGGAAAAUUCGACCGAGCCGCGUAGGCGUAGCAGUUCUCUUUCUAGAUCCGGAUCGUCGUUUUGAGGGACCAAAGAUGUCGCGACCGAUGAACAUGCUGAGGACCAGGCGGAAGGACUGCAACGUUAAGCCCAACAGGAGGGGUGCCAAGCCGGCGAGAUUAGAUAGGAAAUCCUCGAGGGGCAUGCUUUACGAGAACGAGGAAUUAAGGCUGAAGACGAUCAACAUCAACGCAGAGGUGGAAAGCAGGCAGUCCGACAUCAAGAAGCUGAAGAGGGAGAACGAGAUGCUCAAGAAGGGGCUGUGGUACCUGCGCGACGAAUACGACAAGCUGGAGAGGCUCAUCAAGGACAAGAAGCUGGACUUCUACUCCUCGUCGUCGACGACGUGCACCAGCAGCUCCAGCGAGGAGGAGAGCUGCUCCUCCUGCGGCGAGGAGAGCGAGGAAGUGGAGACCACGCAGAACAUCAAGAACGUACAGAGGACCAACUUGAGAAACAUAAAGGACCAGUUCGACCACCUGUCGGUGGUUACGGAGGAGACUUCCGCAGAGAAUUCCGAGCAAAACUCCAACAGGGCGUCGUUGCCCAAGGAGAGCUGGAACUACGACAAGGACGUGAUCAAGCCGGACCAGAGCUACCCGGAGUUCAAGGGGAUGGGCAAAUCGCAAACGCUGCCCGUCCAGGACAGGGCCCCGCCGAAUUUCUUCUCCUCGAUCCAGACGUCGAAGAGCUUCGACGAGAACCAGUUCAACCAGGUGCGCGACGACGCGCUGGACGGAGCGCCCUAUCUCGGCAACCCCCUGGUCCAGCGCCCCAACGACUUGGGGACCAACUUCCAGCAAUUCCAGUCGACCUGCGACACGUUCCUGAGCCAGAAAAUAGUGCAGACGAACGCCAACAAUUUCUACCAGAACAUGGUGCUGGUCCCCAAGUCCACCAUGCCCCAGCCGGAGACAAGGUCCAUGGAGAAGGCCUCCACGGAUCUUAUAGUGAAGAUCGACAACCAGAACUUCAGCAAUAACGCUCUGGUCUUCAGCAACACUCCCAGUCAGAGUCAGAGCACGUUUUCCAAUGGUGGAAACCUGGAGGAACUGCUCAACGACAUAGAGUCGAUUUCGCAGGAGAUACUGAAGCUCUCAAAUUUGCAGAGGGGCAUCAAUCAGAAUGUCCAAGAGAACGACGCCAAUGCGGCGCAGCAGGACGACGCCAAACGCUUCAUCUUGGAGGUGCAAAGCGAGGAAUUUUCGUACCUGCAGAACCCCAUCUUGGACAAUCCGGUGCCUGACAAUUCCCAACACGUACCCAUGACUCCGGAGAAGCCGUACAAGAGCGAACUCAACGUGGUACUGAUGCCCAAUCCGAUGCCCCUGAUUGGAUUCGACAAGUACAGGAACAUACAGAGGAGCCUGGAGAGCCUCAACGCCAAACCCGUGGAGGAAAUGUCCGCCUCCCAGCAGAACCUGCGCGUCGUCCCGCCGCCGCCGCUGCCGCUGCCGCCAGCCGUCGGCGUCAGCCCGAACCUGCCCCCGCCCCCGGCCAUCUUCCUCGAGGAACCCGGCCUGAGGGGGGCAUGCGAGGAGGCCGAAACCAACCCGUUCUUCUUCGGCAACCUGAAGGACAACUACGUCAACGCCGACUACUUCAACAUGAGGUACAACCCGGACAACUUCGCACCCAGGGAGACGGAGGAGAAAAAAGACAAAGCAGGAUACGACCCCAAGAGCGGCUCCAAGACCAACCUGCUCGACCUGACCUCCUCGGAGCACGUCUCCAGCGAGAACGAGGAGAACCUGAAGUUCAAAACCAGCAAACCCGACAAGCCGGACGAAAAGAAACCGGACCAGCACCGCCAGGAGGCCAAACUGCCCAAGUUGAGCAUCCGGAGGAAGGUGUCCAUCCACUUCAAGGGCAAGAAGGAGAAGGCCAAGAAGCUGAGCGGCGCCGACAGCACCCCCGAAUCGCCCAAGCCGAGGACGCCGGGGGAGAAGAAGGGUUCCAUCUUCGACAUACGCUUCGGCGACAAGGACAAGGAGAAGGCGAGGGCGCCGUACCAGAAGACGCCCAGCGUAGAGUCGAGGAUGUCGACCACGGAGACGAGCAAUCCGGAACCGAAGACUCCCACCAGCACGGACAGCAGGACCAGCAACGAGAAGCGGAACCUCAGGAGGGAGGACUCCGCCUGCGACAAGAAGAACAGGAAGAGCGUGUCGGUCAGCCCCGACAGGAACAGGCACGUGCACCUCAAGGAAGAAGGGGGUAAGAAGCACAAGAAGCACAAGAAGUCGGACAGGGGCAGGGCUCGGAGGCCUAGCGCCGCCGUCGACCCGAGGAACUUCCGCGAGAGGUCGUUCUCGGUGUGCACGGACCGCUCCAACAUCCUGGAGCACCGCCUCGGUCUCGGCCUCGGCUCGAGCUACCUCUACGACGAGUACUCCGACCGGGAGCGGACCAACAGCCUCAGCAGUUGCGAGACCUCCGAGAACGCCAGGAAGCUGUCCACCAUGUCGAACGUGCCCCUAAGCGGCAAGGUGCCGUGGUGCGGGUGCUGGGGCAACGGCUGCUUGUGAUACGGCGGCAAGUGCCGGCGUCGAUUCGGUCGUCAAAUAAAAAACAUUUUUUUAAAUUAUUUCGUCGUUUGACAUUGACGGUGCUCCGUGAAAGACCCUGAACGUAUUCGAAAAUAGGAAGAGAACUACUCGCACAGUUUUUUCGAUAGUUGUAUGUAGUGUAUCGUUCUCUGGACAAUAUUUUGUAAUGUUACGUGUUUUUGAGUCGUCUGUUUGUAUGAAAUAUAAGCGUCAGUUUUUA